ACUUUUUUUCCUGCCUCGUGGCCUCGCCCCUUCGCAAGGACUGGGCUUGUGUUUAUUGAGUUGCAGUGUUUCGCCGACAGUGGGUGCCGCGCCCUGUCUUGUGACAUUGAACGCUAUCUCGUGUCAAAGGAAGUAAGCUGUGAUAUCAUAGAGGAUUCACUUGGAACUCUGCGGGGUGCUGGCUGACGGUGAUGAGAUGCCCACCGAGACAUGAAGAUUUCAGCCGCUGGUCUCAUCCUUGGGAGCCUGGUGUUCGCCUUCUCUCUGCCUUUGGUGGUGGCUUUGCCAAAAACACUGGCCAUCCCUAAGCAGCUGCAAGAAGCCGUGGGGAAGGUCGUUGUCAAUGCCACAACCUGUACUGUCACCUGUGGCCUUGGCUACAAAGAAGAGACAGUCUGCGAGGUGGGCCCUGAUGGUGUGAGAAGAGAGUGUAAAUCUCAGCGCUUGGAAUGUCUGACCAACUGGAUCUGUGGAAUGCUCCAUUUCACCAUUCCCAAAGGGAAGGGAUUUGAGCUCAGCUGUCUGAGUUCAGACAUCCUGGAGAUUGGGCAGGAAGCAUUCCGGUUCACCUGGAGACUCGCCCGGGGUAUCAUCUCUACUGAUGAUGAGAUCUUCAAACCCUUCCGAGCCAGUACCUCCUUUGUGAGGUUUCCCUCUGUUCAGGAGUACGACUCUGGGACAUACCGGUGUGAUGUGCAGCUGUUAAAAAACUUGAGACCUGUCAAGAGACUCUAUUUUGGGCUGCGGGUCCUUCCCCCUGACUUGGUGAACCUGAAUUUCCAUCAAUCCCUUACCGAGAAUCAGAAGUUAGUUGAUAAGGGCCUGGAAGCGAAUCUAGACAACCAGUCCGAGCCCCACCGCCCACGGUGGAAGAAGAAGGUGGCUGUAGCCUUGGGAAUAGGAGUUGUCGGUGGAGUGGCUGGUGGUGUAUUGAUGGCCAUUGCUCUGGGCUUUGGGCUGAGGGUGGUCUAUAGAAGUGCUGGCCUUGAGUCCUUAAAAGCCCUGAAGGACUGGCUGCCCAGGACCCUGGACUGGCUGUUUAGGAAGCCAAGCUAGCUCUUCAAAGGAUUGUCUGGCUGAGUGAUUGUGGCUCAGCCAGGAGGGAGGGCUUCCACUGCCAAAAGUGAGUGGGGCCCGGGGACAGGGGCAACACCAUGGUAGGGUGAUGGGCAAUGCUCUGCCUCUCCGUGUCCCAGGUGGAUCUCUUCCUGAUCUUUCCUGCCCACGUGGCACCUGGGAAGCCCGAGUGUAGGCCCCUCCCCUGUCCCGGGAAGAAGAUUCUGUCUUCAAGAUCGCAGUCAUUAUCUUUCACAAUUUGAGGCCUCUCUACCUCCAUCCCUUCCUCUGAGUGGUAUAAUCACAUAAAGGAUAUAUUAAUAGCUUUUCUAGUGGAAACCUUUUUUUCCUCUUCAAUAAAAAUAAUUCACAGUGGCUGUGUAUA